AUGGCCGCGCUGCUCGUCGCGUGCGUGUUCCCGCUGGCUCUCGGGGCAAAGCUGACACAGGUCACGUCGGGCUGGGAGAAUCCGACCAAGCUGUCCUUUUACAUCUACGUCCCCGACAAGCUGGCCGAGAAGCCGCCGGUGAUCAUUGUCCCCCAUCCCUGCGGAGGCAGCGCCCAGGACACGUUUAGUCGCGUCGCCACGAACCUCCCAGCCCAGGCGGACAAGCUCGGCUUCGUCCUGAUCUAUCCGCAGACGCCCAACACGUGCUGGGACUGCAGCUCGGUCAAGUCGCUCACGCACAAUGGCGGCGGCGACACGCAGGGGAUGGUUAACAUGGUCAAGUACGCGCUCGACAAGUACAAGGGCGACGCGUCACGCGUCUUCGUGACGGGGUCUUCGUCGGGCGGCAUGGCGACCAACGCGCUGGUGGCCACGUACCCGGACGUGUUCGCGGCCGGGGCGUCCUUCUCGGGGGCGCCGGCGUUUGCGUGCUGGAACGGCGCGGGGCUGUCGCCGUCGGGCGGCGCAAUAGCCCCGGGCUGCCAGACGAACAAGCGGCCGACGGCGCAGGCUUGGGGGGACCUGGUGCGGUCGGCAUAUCCCGCCUUCAACGGGACCCGGCCGGCCGUACAGAUCUGGCACGGCACCGCAGACAGCGUCGUCACCUACGGGUACCUGGCCGACGCGCUUGCCGAGUGGAGCAACGUGCUCGGUGUGUCGUUCGCCAAGAACGUGACUGGCGACCCUGGCAGCGGCUACACCAAGAUGGUUUAUGGGGACGGGACCAGGCUCGUCGGGUAUAGCGCGCAGGGCGUGGGCCACAUGGUUCCUUUCCACGACAAGCAGGUCCUGGAGUUUUUUGGUCUUGUCUAGAGAUACAGGGCAUACGGAUUACAGGGCGUGGUGUCUCCUCCUGCUCGGAGACGCCGGUAAGCAUCCAACCAGACAGUUAUACAAUGUCCAAAACCAUGAAAAACUGAGUUGGAGACACAAAAGGCGAGGAAGAAGAGACGGCAUAGAACAGAGACGGCAAAUUGGAUAAGUCCUUUUUGAUGACGUCGUGACCAUAUGCCCACGAAGUCAUCGGCUUGGGAUAAAAGCUGUAGCUCUAACCCUCUUACUGACGCAUGGAAAUGAAAUUUGAUGAUCGAGAGGCUGUGCGAGUAAGAGAAAUUGUCUAUCAGUGGGCUCCAGGUCUGUAACUUCUGGUGAUAUAUUGGCGGUUUUUAUGUGAAGAGGCAGACAUAGUGACGCAGCUGAAGCUUUCAAUGCAAGACGCG